UACGAUCACAAUACGGCUCUUAAAGGAUUUUUCAAAGCACAACCAAAAGCACUGGGGACUGUCCAGAUAAUGAUUGGAGCGAUGGUCUUCAUACUUGGUAUUGUACUUACCUCCAAUGUCUACAGUUAUUCUGCAAUUCUUGACUAUAGUGGCAUAAGCUACUGGGGGUCCCUUAUUUACAUCAGUGCUGGCUCUUUGUCUGUCGCUGCGCAGAAUAAACAUCAUCCAUGUGUGGUGAAAGCAUCUCUUGGAAUAAAUGUGUUCAGUGCCAUAACCGCAGGGAUGGCCAUUCUUCUGAUGGGCAUACAAUUAGCAUUAAUAUCAAUGGAUCAUCCAAGUUUAUAUGUUGAGUAUUUUACUAUGAGGGUCAUUGGAAUAUUGCUGGUGUUCACCAUUCCUCAGUUCAUCAUCUCCAUCUAUAUCUCAGCAUUUGCCUGCAAAGCCGCCUGCAACAAAAACUCCACAGUGGUCAAUGUGCACUAAACUAGGUAAAUGAUUUAGUGGUAA